CUUCAAGAUUGUACAGAUAUCUCUUCACUCGAGCCUGAAAGAGCUACCAUGAUCGUAAUUACGAUAAAAGCCAGCCUGCCCGGUUUAUCAGUUUUGAUUAAAAAGAAUCGCGAAUAUCUGCGGGACGCUUUGCAUCUAAUAAACCCGUGCAUGAGGAUGACCUUAGAACUUUGGACCAGCCAAUUCGGGUAGGAAAUUAUUGAACGCGCGGUAUGGCUCUCGCUUCGAGCAACGAAAGAAUGAAUGAAUCUCUUCUCAGUGAUUUCCGACUGAUCGACGUGAAGGCAAUUAUGGAAUUCAACAACAGCUGGGAUUUAAUGGAGUUUUAUAAAACGAUGUACAAACAGAUUUUCAAGGCGAGGCACGUUUUGAAGACGCGUUGGUACGCUGGUAUACAGGAUAUAUUUCUCGUGAACAAUAGAAAGGGAUUAGUCCCGAGUCCUGAGCAGCGCGUGCAAUUUAAACGAUUCUACGAAUGUCUAGGCAAAAUAAUGGAGACGCAGCUGCUGUUUAUGUGCAAGACUACUUUGAAGGAUUUUAUGAAUUUAAUUAUUCGGGGAAAGCCGAUUAAUUGCGAAUUUAACGUGGACGUCGUAGUAAGCUCGAACGAGCUCAUCUUUGAUCCAUCGUUUGAAAAAUUUAAAGAAGUUCUUGCCAGUAUCCUUCACGAGAUAUGCGAAGCAGUUAAACAUUUUGACAUGCUGGAGACUCAGCUUUAUCUAGAUUGGUCUGGUCCCGAACGCAUUUUAAAGCCGCAUAUAGAGGAGCCUACAGUGAAACAGCUGGAGCAGGAAAUUAUUGAUUUGAUUGACCGAGAAAAAUUGAUUCCAGAGCAGAUAUUAGCAGACUUGCACAUACACGAAUAUUUGUACGGCGAUCUCGAGUUCGAAAAAGUUCGACGAUUUGUAAAAGACGAGUCGAAAACUUUGGAGGAGUACAACGAAAUGAUAAAGCAUUAUCACGAUCUCUUGUUGCACUUUCCUAUCGAAAUCGAAGAAACAGCUUUCACCGGAAUGUUUAAAGUGUCACGGAAGCGUUUCGUCGACGCGGUCGUCGAUAACGUCUAUCAUAUAAAAUGUCUUUUGACAGACACGCUGGUCGAGAGGUACCAAAGCAUUGCCAAAAGCGUUGCAGACGAGUAUCGAGCUAUAUCCGAUCGUGCUCUGAACGUACCGGCGAACACGGCCGAACUGAUGGACCUUAAAAGCUUCGUUAGAUCGACCAUAGAAGUUACUCUGAAGAAGCUCGAGCAAAAUCUUUACGAAAUAAUCGAGCACAUACUGGUUUUGAUCGACUAUUAUUUUCUCACGGAUUCGGAGAUAGAUAAUACCAACCAGGCGUUCCAGUGGUUCCAUAAAGUGCCCGAAAUAUUGGAGCAAAACGAAAGCAUCGUUGGACAAAAGACAUUGGAAUUCCAACAAGGACUGAGAACCAGGUAUAUCAGGUUUGAGGAAGAACUGGAGUCUUACGCGAACCAAGUAGAAGAGAUUCAAUAUUGGGGAGACAUCGCGGAGGUAUACAAAUAUCAGAAGCGAGCCCAGCAGUUGGAGAAUCGGUUGAUCGCCGCUAUGGAGAAAAUCGAUAAAUUUAAUGAAGAGGAGGCUGCAUUCGGUUGGGAUCUCACGCAGUAUCCGCGUCGUAAGCAGAUCGCUGAUCAACUGAAACCCUCCAAGCAACUGUUCGAUUCGAUUUGCGAUUUCCUAACGAAACGCGACAAGUGGUUGAACUCGAUGAUUGGUAGCUACAAUCCCGAGGACAUUGAAAACGACGUAGGAUACGGAUUCAGGUAUACUUUUUUUUAUUAACUAUAAGAACAAUAACGACGUGUUCGCAGGACGAUUUACAAAUUGGAGAAGAGUUUCCAAGAACCGGACCUGAAGGAAUUGGCAGGCAUUGUGCGCGAGAUAAUCGAGGAUUUUAGAGAUCGAAUGCCGAUCAUCCAAACGCUCGGCAAUCCAGGAUUAAAGGAUCGACAUUGGGAGCAAAUUUCGGCGAUCAUAAACAUCCCGAUAAAAGUCGAUCCUGACUUGACCUUGCAAAAGAUUCUGGACAUGAAACUGGAUCCGUUCGUCUCGAAGUUCGAGAGCGUCUCCGACAAUGCCUCAAAGGAGAUGACCUUGGAAAGAGCUAUGAAUAAGAUGGAGAAGGACUGGACAGGCCUACAGUUCACGGUAAACCCUUUCAAGGAUACUGGUACUUACGUCAUUGCUGGUGUCGACGAUAUACAACUUCUAUUGGAUGAUCACAUCGUUAGAACGGUCACUAUAAAGAAUUCGCCGAACAUAAAGCCGUUCGAAGAAAGAAUACUGAAAUGGGAGUACAAGCUGCAUCUGUUGCAAGACAUCCUGGACCAGUGGCUGCGGGUCCAGGCGGUCUGGAUGUACUUGGAGCCAAUAUUCACGUCGCCAGACAUCCAGCAACAAAUGCCAGAGGAGGGUAGGAAAUUUUCUGCAGUGGACAAAACUUGGCGCGACAUUAUGAAGACGGUUCAAGCUGAUCCUCUCGUUUUCGCGGUCGUCGAGAUCGAUAAGAUGCUGGAGAGGCUGAGAAAGAGCUACGGUCUGCUAGAGGACAUUCAAAAGGGUUUGAACGACUACCUCGAGAAGAAACGUCUCUUCUUCCCACGGUUCUUCUUCCUUUCCAAUGAUGAACUUCUAGAAAUCCUCUCGGAAACUAAAGACCCGACUCGCGUUCAGCCGCAUUUGAAGAAAUGCUUCGAAGGCAUACACUCGUUGAGAUUUAACGAAGACCUGGAGGUACUCGCGAUGAAGUCGACGGAGGGUGAGGAGGUCAACCUGAUAGAGGUGAUAUCCACGGCUGCUGCUAGAGGACAAGUGGAAAAAUGGUUGAUCGAGUUAGAAACGGUCAUGAGAAAUAGUAUACGGAACGAGGUGCACGGAGCGAUAAUGGCGUAUCCGACGCAACCGAGGAGAGUUUGGGUAUUGGAGUGGCCUGGUCAAACGAUCCUCUGCGUUGGUAAGACGUAUUGGACUCUACGUAUCGAAGAAUCGAUGCUCUCGGGCGCACCGGGAUUGAAGAGAUACGUGGAUCAAUGUCACGAGGAGCUGAACGAUAUCAUAUCUCUGAUCCGUAGUAAAUUAUCGAAACAAAAUCGUAUCACCUUGGAAGCUCUAGUCACGUUGGACGUCCACGGGAAAGACGUGUUGGAACAUCUGUACGAGGAUAACGUGAUAAAAAAUACUGACUUCAAAUGGUUGUGUCAUUUGCGGUAUUACUGGCUGGAGGAUAAUAUGUGGGCGUACAUGAUAAACUCGCAGCAGCGUUACGGCUACGAGUAUCUCGGCAAUUCAUCGCGAUUGGUGAUCACUCCGUUGACUGAUCGAUGCUACAGGACUCUGUUCGGUGCUCUGAGUCUUCAUCUGGGCGGUGCACCGGAGGGUCCGGCCGGAACUGGGAAAACGGAAACGACGAAGGACCUCGCGAAGGCGGUGGCCAAACAGUGCGUCGUCUUCAACUGCUCCGAGGGCCUGGACUAUCUCGCUUUAGGGAAAUUCUUCAAAGGGCUGGCUUCCUGCGGCGCGUGGUCCUGCUUCGACGAGUUCAAUCGGAUCGAUCUGGAAGUUUUGUCGGUGGUCGCGCAACAAAUUCUAACGAUUCAGCGGGGGAUCAAUAGCGGCGCGGAGAAGAUGGUCUUCGAGGGGACGGAAAUUUUCUUGGAUCCGACCUGCGCCAUCUUCAUCACGAUGAAUCCUGGUUACGCUGGAAGAUCAGAAUUGCCUGACAACUUGAAAGCGUUGUUCCGUCCUGUAGCCAUGAUGGUGCCCGACUACGCACUGAUCGCCGAGAACACGCUCUACUCUUACGGGUUCUAUAAUGGUCGACCCUUGGCCGUAAAGAUCGUCACUGCUUACAGGCUUUGCUCGGAACAAUUGAGCAGCCAACAUCAUUACGACUACGGUAUGAGAGCGGUGAAAUCGGUGUUGAUCGCGGCUGGGAAUUUGAAGCUCAGGUACCCGGAAGAAUCCGAAGAUAUUUUGAUGCUGCGGAGUAUACUCGACGUGAACCUACCAAAAUUCCUGGUCCAUGAUCUUCCCUUGUUCGAGGGUAUCGCUUCGGACUUGUUCCCUGGUGUCGUGUUACCCGCCCCAGAUUACACGCAUUUAAACGCGUGCACGAAGGACGCCUGCGACGCGGCGAAUCUCCAGUUAACCGACUUCUUCUUAGAGAAGAUACAACAGAUCUACGAAAUGAUGAUCGUCAGGCACGGGUUCAUGAUAGUCGGGCUGCCAUUCGGCGGUAAAACGUCGGCUUACAGGAUGCUGGCCGGGUGUCUCGGGUUGCUCGAGGAUCGAAACUUGAUGGAUGAGCACAGAGUCGAAAUAACGGUCAUCAAUCCGAAAGCGAUCACCAUGGGCCAAUUAUACGGACAGUUCGACCCCGCCUCGCAUGAAUGGAGCGACGGCGUGCUCGCUGUCAGCUACAGAGCUUUCGCGACCUCCACGAACCUAAAUAGAAAAUGGCUCGUCUUCGACGGACCGGUCGACGCUAUAUGGAUUGAGAAUAUGAACACCGUGCUGGAUGAUAAUAAAAAACUCUGUUUGAUGUCGGGAGAGAUCAUUCAAUUAGCGCCUACCACUAGUUUGAUCUUCGAGCCUAUGGAUCUAGAGGUCGCAUCACCAGCUACAGUUUCCAGAUGCGGAAUGAUUUAUAUGGAACCAGUCAGUUUGGGCUGGAAGCCACUUUUAGAUUCUUGGGUGAAUACCUUGCCGUCGACUUUUUCCGAACAUCUGAAGAAUCAUUUGCAUGAAAUGUACAUGAGGUUUUGUCCUCCUCUGUUACAGUUCCUUCGAAGGGGAGUCAAGGUGUUGAUAACAAUGCCAGAGGCGAAUUUACUUAAAUCGGUGAUGUACUUGUUUGAUUGUUUCCUCGACGAUUUCCACGACGAGAAAUAUCUUCAGACGUUGUCGGAUUUGGAUGUGAGAGCACAAGUCGAGGGUUGCUUCUUCUUUUCGUGUAUCUGGGCAAUGGGCGGCACGCUGGACGUAGACUCUCGCGAGUGGUUCAGCGAUCUGUUCAGAGCGCUGACCGAGAGAGAAUUUCCCGAGGACGUCAGAGAACGUUUCAACGUUUCAGAGGAGACGACGGACCCGGCGAAACCGUAUGUGGUCAACAUGCCUAUGACAGGUUUGGUGUAUGACUACAAGUACGUGAAAGAGGGCAGAGGUAAAUGGAGGCCGUGGAUGGAGGAUUUGCACGACGUUCCUCCGAUACCGAAAGACCUGCCGGUGAACCAGAUAAUCGUGCCGACGAUUGAAACUGUCCGUUACUUUCACCUGUUCAAAUUGUUGAUCUGCCAUCAGAAGCCGGUGCUCCUUGUCGGCCCGACGGGCACCGGGAAAUCCGUCUACAUAAUGGAGUUUCUGUUAAAGAAGAACGACCCGGAGACCUACAAACCUCUGUUCGUGAUAUUUUCCGCGCAGACCACAGCCAAUCAAGCGCAGGAGAUUAUAAUGAACAAAUUGGACAGACGGAAAAAAGGACUGUUCGGUGCCCCGCCGGGCAAAUAUUGGGUGGUCUUCGUCGAUGAUCUUUCCAUGCCGCAAAAAGAAGAGUUCGGUGCGCAACCACCCAUAGAAUUGUUGAGACAGUGGCUGGACCAUUGGAGCUGGUACGAUUUGAAAGAAAUGGCACCUAUACAGCUAGUGGACGUGCAAUUGGUCUGCGCGAUGGGCCCGCCAGCGAGCGGACUGGACGUUACGCCGCGAUUCAAACGGCAUUUCGUCACACUGGGGAUCUCCGAGUUCUCUGACGACGUUUUAACUACCAUUUUCACAAGGAUCGUGUCCUGGCAUUUCACGACCAAAGAAUUCCCAGACUACUUCUUCCCCAGUAUCGAGUAUAUCGUGCAGGGCACGCUUAACGUUUACAAGGAAACGAGGAAACAUCUCCUGCCGACCCCGGCUAAGUGUCAUUAUCUUUUCAAUUUGCGAGACUUCUCGAGGGUGAUCCAAGGCGUGUUAUUGUGUACGCCUGAGACUGUUUCCGAACCAGUUGGUUUGAAACGAUUAUGGGUACAUGAAGUACUGCGCGUCUAUGGAGAUCGACUGGUAGACGAUGGAGAUAUUAAAUGGUUGGUGGAGCAGAUCCGAAGAACAAUGACGGAAUAUAUGGAUGAUGAAUUAGAUGAAGUGUUCAAACAUUUACUUUCAGAGGGUGUUGUCAAAGUAACGGAGAUGGAAUUUCGAAAGCUGAUUUAUUGCGAUUUUCAAGAUCCCCUCGCGGAUAAGAAACUGUACAUAGAGGUCGAAGAUUUGGAUUAUCUCGCGGUCGUAGCUGAGGAAUAUCUCGAAGAAUAUAAUUCAAUUUCUAGGACGCCGAUGAACCUCGUUCUCUUCAGGUUCUAAAGAUAAAUAACAAUUUCCUGUUUCAGUUCAGUUCGUUCCCAAUCAAAUAUCGGUUAUAGAUUCGCCGUGGAACAUCUUUCAAAGAUUUGUCGUAUAAUGAUGCAACCCCGGAGUCACGCGAUGCUAAUCGGGGUGGGCGGUUCGGGACGGCAGUCGUUGACUAAACUGGCGGCCCACAUCUCGGAUUACGAACUGUUUCAAGUGGAAAUGUCGCAGAUGUACGGUGCUUACGAAUGGCACGAAGACCUGAAGAACAUCCUCAGGAAGAGCGCAGCGAGCGAGCUGCACAGCGCUUUCCUCUUCCUGGACACGCAGAUCAAAGAGGAAACGUUCCUGGAAGACAUCAGCAAUCUGCUGAACUCGGGCGAAGUACCGAACAUAUUCGCAGCGGAUGAGAUGACCGACAUCUGCGAGAAGAUGCGAGUGAUCGAUCGUCAAAGGGACAGGAGCUUGCAGACGGACGGUAGUCCGGUGGCGUUGUUCAAUUUCUUCGUGCAGACAGUUCGCGAACAUCUGCACGUAGUGGUGACCAUGUCACCCAUCGGCGAUAUGUUUCGCCUUCGGAUCAGAAAAUUCCCUGCGCUCAUAAACUGUUGCACGAUAGACUGGUUGCAACCUUGGCCCGAGGAUGCCCUGCUCGCAGUGGCGACGAAAUUCCUCGACGAGAUCGAGCUCACUGAAGAGGAGCGCCUGGCUUGCAUCGAGAUGUGUCAAUUCUUUCACACGUCGACGCAGGACUUGACGCAGGAGUUCCUGAAGAAAGCGAAGAGAUACAACUACGUGACGCCCACUUCUUACCUGGAGCUCAUCAGCACUUUCAAGAACCUGUUGGCGAAAAAAAGGCAGGAGGCGCUGGACGGUAAAAAAAGGUACGAGGCCGGGUUGGAAAAGUUGGACAGUACUCACAAACAAGUCGAGAAGAUGCAAGAGAUUUUAGUCGCUCUGCAACCGAAGCUCCUCGUCGCCGCCAAGGACGUGGAAGCUAUGUUCCUCGAUGUUCAAAAGGAGAGCGACGAGGCCGCCGAAAUGGAAGAAAUGGUUAAGAGCGACGAAGAGGCCGCUUUGAUCGUCGCCAGCGAGGCCGAGGCCAUUCGUGAAGAAUGCGACGCAGAUCUGCAGGAAGUGAUGCCGAUAUUGAACGCAGCUAAUGCUGCAUUGAACACUCUGACUCCCCAGGAUAUACAAAUAGUUAGAUCCAUGAAACGACCGCCUGCCGGCGUUCGAUUGGUCAUGGAGGCCGUUUGUAUCCUAAAGGAUGUGAAACCGGAAAAAGUUAAAACGCCGGAAGGCGUGAUCGACGAUUACUGGAAAGUGUCGCUUCGUGUGUUGAGUGACAUGAAAUUCCUCGAGUCUCUACUAACUUUCGAUAAGGACAACAUCCCGGAGAGAAUCAUAGCGAAAAUUCGCAGUACGAUUUUGACGAAUCCAAACUUCGAUCCGGAAAUAAUCAGGAAGGUGUCGACCGCCUGCGAGGGUCUGUGCAGAUGGGUGUUCGCGUUGUCCGAGUACGACAAAGUAGCGAAAGUCGUGGCGCCGAAGAAGCAAGCGUUGGCCGCGGCCGAAGCCGAUUACAAGGAGGCGAUGGACAAAUUGAACUUGAAGAGAGCUCAACUACAGGAAGUACGGGAAAAAAUCGCGAAGCUGGAAGAGCUGUUGGCCCAGCGUAGGAAAGAGUACCAGGCGAUGACGGACGAGGUGGCCGAGUGCGAGGCAAAAUUGAGAAGAGCCAGGGAACUGAUUGGCGGUUUGGGUGGAGAGUACACUAGAUGGUCCGAUACCGCGAAGGAAUUAGGCGAACGUUAUUACAAGCUGACGGGAGACAUUCUGAUCGGUUCGGGCAUUGUGGCAUAUCUGGGCGUGUUCACCAGCCAGUAUAGGCAACAACAGAUUGACAAUUGGGUAGAGAUCUGUACGGACUUGAACGUCGUUUGCACAAAGGACUUCCAGCUGACGCAAAUCCUCGGCGACCCUGUAUCGAUUCGAUCUUGGCACAUUUUCGGUUUGCCUACGGAUUUAUUCUCGAUAGAGAAUGGAAUAAUCGUCACCAAUUCUCGGCGGUGGCCCUUGAUGAUCGAUCCUCAAGGCCAGGCGAACAAGUGGAUCAAAAAUAUGGAGAAGGAGAAUAAUUUAACUGUGAUCAGGCUAGUGCAAAGCGAUUACAUGAGGUCUUUGGAGAAUGCGAUUCAAUUUGGACAUCCGGUCAUGUUGGAGAACGUUGGCGAGGAACUUGACGCCGCUUUGGAACCACUUCUGAUGAAACAAACGUUCAAAUCUGGGGGCACAGAGUGCAUCAAAGUUGGAGAUUCUAUCAUCGAAUACUCGGCGAACUUCCGAUUUUACAUCACUACCAAAUUGCGCAAUCCCCAUUAUUUACCCGAGGUCGCAGUGAAAGUGACACUACUGAAUUUUAUGAUCACACCGAUCGGUCUCGAAGAUCAACUCCUCGGGAUAGUAGUGGCCAAAGAAAGGCCAGAUUUGGAAAGUGAGAAAAACCAGCUGAUCAUUCAAGGGGCUGCCAACAAGAAAAAGCUGAAGGAAAUCGAGGAUCAAAUCCUCCACGUCCUGUCCACGUCGGAAGGAAAUAUUCUGGAGGACGAGACAGCGAUCAGUGUUCUCAGCUCGUCCAAGACUCUCUCCAACGAGAUCGUCGAAAAACAAACCGCGGCCGAGAUCACCGAGAAGUCGAUCGACGAGGCGAGAUUAGAGUAUGAGCCGAUAGCUGCUUAUAGCACGGUUCUCUUUUUUACGAUCGUCGUGCUGGCGAACAUCGACCCGAUGUACCAGUACUCGUUGGUAUGGUUCGUGAAUCUCUUCAAGAACACGAUCGACAACACGGAACGCGUCGAAGAUAUCCAGCAACGGUUGAAGGACCUCACGAAGCACUUCACGUACUCCCUUUACGUGAACAUAUGUCGGUCGUUGUUCGAGAAGGACAAACUCUUAUUCUCGCUGUUGCUUUCGGUGAACCUGCUCAGCAAGCAGGGACAGAUUUCGAUGCCUCAAUGGAUGUUUCUGUUGACUGGCGGCGUUGGCCUUGAAAACCCUUACCCAAAUGCCACGGAGUGGUUACCGUCGAAAUCGUGGGACGAGUUAUGCCGCUUGAGCGACGUCCCUGGUUUCGAGGGAUUCAAAGAUUGGUUCACGGAUAAUUUGGAUAGUUGGAAGUUCGUCUUCGAUCAUAUGGAGCCUCACACUUUAACGUUCCCGUCGCCUUACCAUGAGAUCAGCAACUUCGAGAGAAUGCUCGUUUUACGAUGUAUUCGUCCUGACAAAGUCUUGCCGGCCGUUCAGCAGUUCGUGCAAGAACAACUGGGAGUACAGUACAUCGAGCCGCCGCCCUUCGACCUCGUAUCGUCGUUCGCGGAUUCGUACUCCUGCAUUCCCCUGAUAUUCGUGCUGACGCCUGGCGCCGAUCCCAUGGCAAUUCUACUGAAAUUCGCCGACGACCAGGGUUUCGGCACGAACCGCCUGUUCUCCCUGUCUUUGGGUCAAGGACAAGGAGUUAUCGCCACGCAGCUUAUCGACGAGGGGGUGAAGAAUGGCACCUGGGUGGUGUUGCAGAAUUGUCACCUUGCCAAGAGCUUCAUGCCGGAAUUGGAAAAGCUUUGCGAGAGCUUCACUCCGGAAAAAGUGCACCCGGAUUUUCGAUUAUGGUUGACGAGUUAUCCCGUUGACCAUUUCCCCGUCAGUAUUCUUCAGAACGGAGUUAAAAUGACGAACGAGCCACCGAAAGGAUUAAGAGCGAACAUAGUCAGAUCCUUCUUACAAGAUCCGAUAUGCGACGAAGACUUCUUUGAGACGUGUAAGCAAAAAGAAACGUUCAAGAAGCUAUUGUUCGCCCUGUGCUUCUUCCACGCGAUCGUUCAGGAGCGAAGAAAGUUCGGCCCAAUCGGCUGGAAUAAUCAGUACGAGUUCAACGAGACCGAUUUACGUAUCAGCGCGUUGCAGUUGAAGAUUUUCUUAGACCAGUACGACGACGUUCAAUUCACUGCUUUGAAGUAUUUGACAGGCGAGUGCAAUUACGGCGGUCGUGUAACAGACGAAUGGGACAGAAGAACGUUGAUCACGAUCCUUGAGAGAUUCUAUCGUAAGGAUGUCAUCAGUAAAACGAAAUAUCAGUUCGAUCCCAGCGGAUUGUAUUACGUGCCUCAAGUCAGCAAUCACAGCGAAUUCCUCGAGUACAUUAGGUCUUUCCCGAUGGCUACCGCGCCCAGUGUUUUUGGCAUGAACGAGAAUGCGGACAUAAUUAAGGAUCAGCAGGAGACAAACUUGAUGUUGGAUUCGAUAUUAGCGACGCAGACUAUUACGGAUAUCAAGAUAAGGAGGUUUAAGAAGGACACCGGAGGAACGGAAACAGAUGAAGGAAAAUCACCCGAUGAGGUCGUCUACGAGGUGGCGUCUGAUAUUUUGUCGAAACUACCCGCGGACUUCGAUCUAGUAGCUGCGCUCGUCAAGUAUCCGACGUUAUAUCAACAGAGCAUGAACACGGUGCUGGUACAGGAAAUGGGAAGAUUCAACAGGCUUCUGAGCGCGAUCAGGGAUAGCCUCGUGAACGUCCAGAAGGCGAUCAAAGGUCUGGUGAUAAUGAACACGAUCCUGGAGGAGGUGUACGUAUCGAUAAUUACUGGGAGAAUACCGAAGAUAUGGAUGAGGCAUUCGUAUCCUUCCUUGAAACCGCUCGGCAGUUACAUUCAAGACUUCUUGAAGAGGCUCGCUUUUCUUCAGCUAUGGUACGACGAAGGACCACCGGUUACUUUCUGGAUCUCCGGUUUCUAUUUUACACAAGCGUUUCUCACCGGAGCACGUCAAAAUUUCGCAAGGAAAUAUUCGAUACCAAUCGAUUUACUUGUCUACGACUUCGUCGUUAUGAAGGAAACCGAUCUUUAUGAACCGCCUGCCGACGGCGUUUACGUGUACGGACUGUUUCUUGACGGAGCUCGGUUUAACAAGGAUAUAAUGAAACUCGACGAGUCUCUGCCGAAAAUUUUAUACGACAUUGUGCCUUAUAUUUGGAUGAUUCCGAUGAAGAAGGAUGACGUCCCGGAGAGACACACGUACACUUGUCCGGUUUACAAAACCACAGAGAGGAGAGGCGUUCUGUCGACGACCGGUCACUCGACCAACUUCGUAAUCGCCAUAUGGCUCCCGACGGACCAAACGCCGGAGCACUGGAUCCUACGGGGCGUAGCGAUGAUUUGUCAAUUGUCCGAUUAAACCAG